AUGAAUAAUCAAGCGUCUAUGCCACCAUAUUUUCAAUGGAUUAUUGAUAAACGUUUAGCUAUAUGUGCUCAUCCAUUUCAUGCAUCACAUAUUCGAUAUUUACUUGAACAACGUAUUCAUACAGUUAUUUCUAUAAGUGAUACAUACAGUUCUGGAAUACCAAAUCAAUCUCGAGCUGAUUUACAUGUUCAUACAUUAAAUGUUCCUGAUGGUGGAGCACCAACUAUGCAACAAUGUCAACAAUUUGUUCAUCGAAUGGAAAUUGCUCGACAACGUGAAGAGGGUGUUGUUGUCGAAUGUAUUCGUGGUAAAGGAAGUGCUGGUGUAUUAAUUGGUUGUUAUCUUCUGGCACUUUGGAAAGUUCCACCAGAUUAUAUAGUUAAUCAUUUACGUCUUAUACGACCAAUUACAUUGGAAACAUCAUUACAAGAACAACAAUUAAUUGAUUAUCAUAGUAAAAUUGCACCAACACAACGUCAUUUCUAUGCUGAAGUUGAUCAACCACAUAGUUGGGAUAUUGAUACAAGUUAUUUAAAUACAACACCACUUGCUACACCUCAACAAUUAUCACUUGCUUAA